AUGGACCUUUCCAACUUAUCGUCAGACCUACCGUCUGCACCCUCCGUGCAACAGCAAGCUACAGAACGGUUGUCGCGGGAACUAGCAUUGGAAUUCAAGAACGCAGCGAACGCUGUGGCAGCAUUAUACAACAGUCAUGAACCAGAAGAAGCAAAGUCAGAAUUUUCGAACGCUGCAAAAGCAGUCACAAGGCUCUAUAGACUUGCCAACAAGAAGCUGGUGAGUGCAGCAGACCAGGGGUAUACCGAUUGUUUGGAUGAUUUGUUGGUGGCAAUUGCAAAUGGUGAAGAUAUUGAAGAUUGGGCAUUGACGAGACGAGCAGAAAUACGCAAACAAGAUCAAGAAGAUUUCGACGAAAAGGAAAAGAACGGUUCGGAAAUGGCUUCGAGUCCCGUUACUGAAUCCCAGUGCCUACCCGAACUUGUGGCUCCACUACUUGAAAACUCUCGUCUUCCUAACCAUGUGUUUUCUGCCCCAGCGCAAUUGGCGGCUCCCCAGCAUUUUUACCCGGGAAUACCCCCUCCUUCUGUAGCACAUUCUAUCAAGCAGAGAGCCAGUAUACGGCGAAAGCCGCGGAUCAGCAAGGAAGAGCCAUGGAGCAAGGCAGAUCUUGGCUCGGACAGCGACAGCGACAGCGGCCGCAAGCGGCGGAAGAAUGAAUAG